AUGUUUAAUCUGAGCAGAAAACGUGCUUUCAUCCUGUCGUUCGGACUAGGAAUAGCCUCCGCUGUUGCUUCGAAGUUGUAUCGCUCUCGCGUGUCUACUCAAGACUUGUCUAACAGUGUCACUGAGGGGACAAGAAAAAUAAUCAAGGAUGACGCAGGUGGCGAGCAUCAAAAGCACCCUUCAGGAAGCCACAGCAGUGAACUGACGAUCCGCCAAAAUCAAGGGCUGGGUAUAUCUUGCACAUGUCUACCAGGCGCUUCCGAGAUAAUCAGCUUCCAAGAAGUCAAGGAGAUCAUGUCAGCCUUCAAAAAAGCGGGCGAAAACGAUUGUAAGGGAUCCCAACGACGUGUAUAUCGGGACAAGAUAAUCGAAGGGUUCCGUUUGGGUAUCGAGAAAUUGUCAUGUGAGACACUCGAAGAGAUCUACGAGUGCAUCAUUGAGAAAACUUCUCAGAAGAACGGAGCAUGA